AUGAAUGACCAUGGAUUCACAGUCUCAGUUUUCAACCGCACAGUAUCAAAAGUGACUGAGUUCCUUGAAAAUGAAGCUAAAGGAACAAAAGUAAUAGGAACAAAGUCACUGGAAGAAUUUGUUCAAAGCUUGAAGCGUCCGAGAAAGGCAAUGAUGCUUGUUAAAGCCGGUCAGGCAGUUGAUGAUUUUAUUUCCAAACUGGUGCCUUUACUUGAAAAGGUGAUAUUAUAA